AUGGACACGCAGAGCCCCGGUCAAUCAAGGUCGGCACUCAUUCUUUAUGGGUCCGAGACCGGCAACGCGCAGGAAGUGGCCGAGGAAUUGGGCGCCCUGGCCGAGCGCCUGCGGUUCACGACACAUGUAUCCGAGUUGAAUCAGUCGAAGCCGGAAACUUUUUCUUCGUACACGCUUACCAUUUUCGUCGUAUCAACAACCGGACAAGGGGAUUUGCCGGGGAACGCACGGUCGUUUUGGAAGUCGCUGCUGCUUAAGAAGCUCCCACCGACAUACUUGAAUGGCGUGCAGUUUGCGAUAUUUGGGCUGGGUGAUAGCUCAUAUCCCAAGUUCAACUGGGCAGCACGGAAGCUCUACAAGCGGUUGCUGCAGCUCGGCGCAAAUGAUAUCUACCCGAUGGGAGAAGCUGAUCAGCAGCAUCCAGAAGGAAUCGAAGGCACUUUCAUACCGUGGAUAACUGACUUCCGAAAGCACUUGCUGGAUAUACACCCCCUCCCUCCUGGUCAACAUCCCAUUCCAGACGACGAACAGCUGCCACCAAAAUGGAUAUUACAAUUGAGAGGUGGUGAGACAUCUGUCCCCGAGCCAAGGCCCGAGUCCUCGGCGGACAAUUCAGUUGAAGUGGAUAAAUACUCUGGCUUGCACAACUUGGACCAUGAUAUCAGACCACUACCGGAUACCAUGAACGCAACUCUGGUCCAAAAUCAGCGGAUCACACCACAGAAGCACUGGCAGGAUGUCCGACGGAUUUCUCUGACCGUUCCGGACUCCGUCUCCUACAAUCCCGGAGACAUGAUCGCCAUCACACCUAAAACAUCACCAAGUGAUGUGCAAAUACUUCUGGAUUUAAUGGGUUGGAAUGAGCAGGCAGACAAACCUAUUGCCCUUGUCCCAACGGGAAACAUACUCGCACCCUCUCCGAUACCCGGUCUCGACUCCUAUCCGAACUUGACCUUACGCUCUCUCCUCAUAGAUUAUCUCGACAUCAAAGCCAUUCCCCGCAGGUCGUUCUUUUCAAGCAUUGCCCACUAUACAAACGAUGAGAUGCACAAAGAGCGACUUCACGAAUUCACAAACCCCGAGUACCUGGAUGAACUGUGGGACUACACAUCGCGCCCACGGCGCAGCAUUCUCGAGGUGCUGCACGAGUUCGACUCUGUCAAAAUCCCCUGGCAGCACGCAGUUUCCGUUCUCCCCGUCAUUCGUGCAAGACAAUUUAGUAUUGCUAGUGGCGGAGAGAGAAAGCGGACACCCGAUGGCAAAGCCCAGUUUGAAUUACUCAUCGCCAUCGUCAAGUAUCAAACGGUCAUCAAACGGAUCCGCGAAGGUGUCUGCACCAAGUACCUAUCCAUCCUCCGCCCAGGCAGCACGCUUCGCGUCCAGUUACAACCGGGUGGGCUAAACUCUUCGGUGCAGCAACUCACCGGAUCAACCGUUCUUAUCGGACCCGGCACCGGAAUCGCACCUCUGCGGUCCAUGCUAUGGGAAAAGGCAGCUCUGGUGCAAGCCUACCGUGAGCAGAACCCUGGUGUUGAGCCCCCGGUCGGACCUACCGUGCUACUCUACGGCGGUCGCAAUCGCACCGCAGAUUUCCUCUUCGAAGAGGACUGGGCCCAUUUGAGUAAACUCAUCCCGCUGCAGGUGCUCACUGCGUUCUCACGAGACCAACAACAGAAAGUCUACGUGCAAGAUACCAUUCGCCAAAAUUUUAAACUUUUCUUCCGUCUUCUCCAUGACAUGCAGGGAUCGGUUUAUAUCUGUGGCUCAUCGGGACGUAUGCCUCAAGCCGUGCGCGAAGCUCUUAUCGAGGCUUUUGCAAAUGGUGGGACGCCCGAGUCGGGGCAGUCCUAUAACCGGUCUCAGGCGGAGGAGUAUUUGAUUGGAAUGGAGAAGAUUGGGCGGUACAAGCAGGAAACGUGGUGA